AUGACCCGCAGUAGGAAGCAGGCGGCGCUGGAGAGAGGAGCCGGGAAGAUGAACCAAGAGGCGGGGAGCGCCGCGGCGGCGGCCGCGGGAGACCGGGCGGCGGCGGGGGCAGCCGGUGGCGGAGCGGCGCCCGCCGCCUGGGGGCUGGAAGGGGAGGCGGAGAAAGUUGUGUACUCGCGCUCGCAGGUCUCCUUCGCCGGCACCAAGGCGCUGGGCGACGCCCUCAAGCUCUUCAUGCCCAAGUCCACGGAGUUCAUGAUCGACUCGGAGCUGUGGAACUUCCUCUGCAGCCUCAAGCACGAGUUCUCCCCGGUCAUCCUCCGCAGCAAGGACGUCUACGGAUACGCCUCCUGCCGCGCCGUCGUCCCGGACCCGCCGCCGCCCUCGGCGGAGUGGCCCCGCCGCCGCGCCGGCAAGCGGCGCCUCCCGGCCGCCGGCGCCAAGCGCCGGGCAGCGGCGGCGGGUGGCAGCGCCAAGCGGCGGAGGCGGCGGCGGCGCCGCAGGAGGGGACGGGGGAGGCAGCGGCAGGCGGCCGCGCCACCGGCGGCCGAAGGCCCCCGGCGGGGGGAGGCGGAGGAGGUGGCGGCGCUGGAGCCGCCGGGCGAGGAGGCGGACAGCGAGCGGGGCAGCCCGGCGCAGGGCGCCGCCUGGGAGCCCUUCGGCGGCAAGUCCCUGGAGGAGAUCUGGAAGGCGGCCACCCCCCGCCUCACCACCUUCCCCACCAUCCGGGUGCGGGGCAGCGUGAGCCGGCGGAGCCUGGCGGCGGCGCGGCGCCGGGCGCAGCGGAUCCUCGGCGUGGACCUGUCUCCCGUGGUGGCGGUGCGGCGCUUCCCCGUGGCGCCGUCCCUGAGGGCUGGUUUUGAGGAGAGAGACGGUGUGAACGGUCUAGAGUAG